AUGAAAAUCAAAUUAUUGUAUAUAGUUUGGAAUAAUAUAUUUUUAAGAAAUGAAAUUCAUAAACAUAUUUUAAAGUUUAUUGAACAUAAUGUUGUAGAAUUUGAUAGAUCAAGUUAUGACCAGUUUAAAGAUAAAUCAUAUAUAACAACACUUAAUUGGUAUGGUGAUACACUACCAGAUAAAAAUGAAUUUCCACCAUUUUUGAAAAAUUUAUAUUUGAACCAAUUUAAUAUGUUACUAAUAACUUUACCAAAUAGUCUUACAACACUCACAUUCGGUGAUGAUUUUAACCAAGAAAUUCCACCCGGCACAUUACCAAAUAGUCUUACAACACUCACAUUCGGUUAUUAUUUUAACCAAGAAAUUCCACCUGGCACAUUUCCGAAUAGUCUCGCAACACUCACAUUCGGUGAUGAUUUUAACCAAGCAGUUCCACCCGGCACAUUACCAAAUAAUCUCACAACACUCACAUUCGGUGUUGAAUUUAACCAAGUAGUUCCACCCGGCACAUUACCAAAUAGUCUCACAACACUCACUUUCGGUGAUGGUUUUAACCAAGUAGUUCCACCCGGAACAUUUCCAAAUAGUCUCACAGCACUCACAUUCGGUUAUCAUUUUAACCAAGUAAUUCCACCCGGAGCAUUACCAAAUAGUCUCACAACACUCACAUUCGGUGAUUUUUUUAACCAAGAAGUUCUACCUGGCACAUUACCAAAUAGUCUUACAACACUCACAUUUGGUGAUUUUUUUAACCAAGUAGUUCUACCUGGCACAUUACCAAAUAGUCUCACAACACUCACAUUCGGUGCUUUUUUUAACCAAGUAAUUCUACCCGGAACACUACCAAAUAGUCUUACAACACUCGGUGAUGAUUUUAACCAAGUAAUUCCAUCUGGCACAUUACCAAAUAGUCUCACAACACUCACAUUCGGUGUUGGUUUUAACCAAGUAGUUCCACCCGGAACAUUUCCGAAUAGUCUCACAACACUCACAUUCGGUUUUGAUUUUAACCAAGAAAUUCCACCUGGCACAUUACCAAAUAGUCUCACAACACUCACAUUCGGUGAUCAUUUUAACCAAGUAGUUCCACCCGGAACAUUUCCGAAUAGUCUCACAACACUCACAUUCGGUUAUCAAUUUAACCAAGUAAUUCCACCCGGAACAUUACCAAAUAGUCUUACAACGCUCAUAUUCAACAAUAAAUAUAACCAAGUAAUUCCACCAGGCACAUUACCAAAUAGUCUUACAGAACAACGAAACAGUUCAUAUUUAAGGAAAUUUAUAAAAAAAGUCAUACCAUGUUGA